AAACUCGUGCGAGAACGUUGUUUGCAUUUUUGUAGUUAAUCUUGUGUUACGUUAUUAAUAAAUCCUGAAACCAUGGGUAGAAAGGCUUCCUCCGAGUUGCGGUCACAUUUACAGGCGAUAAAUGAUGAAUUGGAGUUUUACAUUGAGCUUUUCAAUGUUCCGGAAUCAAAGCAUGAGGACAUCGAUGAAUCUGAAUAUCUAUUGGAAACUGAAGGAAAACCGAAAAAACUUAUCAACAAUAAACCGGAGGAUUCAGACGAGGAAUUGUCUAACCGACAGGACGUUAAAAAAAAUAAGAUCAUUGGGAAGCACUUAGGAAGAAAGAACAAACAAGGAACAGACAGCAACAAAUCAGAACGCAAAAAGUUGAAAAAGGAAAAGAUGCUAAAGAAAAAGCUCAAGCAAAUUAACCUAAUGACUGUGAAGCAGGAACAGCAAAGGAGCAAACUGAUCGAGCAUAAACCGCUGGAGGUUAAGAACGAGAAGAAGACUGGCCAGAUGUUCAACAUCGAUGGCAAGAUGGUAUUCUCUAAAUUCCAACUUGAUGAGCACGAUAAACCUAAGAAAGGUAUCGAUACGGACACGAAAAAGCUAUUGAAAAAAGUAACCGACAACAAAAAGCAACUGUCGGAGCUGAAGCAAUCUGGUGAGCUGGAGAAGUACGCCGAAGUAAAGCUGAAACAGGCGUGGGAGAAAGCGAUGGCCAAAACCGCGGGACAGAAGGUACGAGAUGAUGCAGAACUACUCACAAAAAAACUGAUCCAGAGGAAGAAACAGGUUAAAAAGUCGAAGGAACAAUGGAAGGAACGAGCACAAAAGAUUGAACACCAGCAGAAACAACGGCAGAAGGAACGAACUGCCAAUAUUAAAGAGCGGUCGCAGAAGAAGAAGAACAAAAAGCUUAAAACUAUGGCAAAGAAGGGCCGUAUUAUACCGGGAUUCUAG